ACGUCAGCGGCGGGGAAGGAAGCAGCGAGCAAGCAGGCAGGCCUAGUCGAUGCCAAGGCCCCGGCACUCACGCAGCAGCUCAAUGAAGUCGCAGGAGGAGCCACCACGGCCGCUAUGAGACUGCUGCCGCUGACGGACCGGGAUCAGGCCGAAGCGCUGGGCUCGUCGAGGCCCCCGACGGCUACCGCCGCCACGCUGGUCCUGCUGGCCGCGCUGCUCGCUGCGCCGCCCGCGCUGAGCAGUGGGGCCCGCGUCGAGAGACUCUUCUACCAGAGCGGGAGCUCGGAGUCGGAGCUUCCCGAGUGCGGUCCGCGCGCCGUGUGCAACCGCGUGGACACGUACGGCACCCCGUGGGUGGAGCGCCAGUGCCGCUGCCCGGGAGGCCAGAGCUGCCCGCGCAGCCUCGACGCCCACGACGGCCACACGGUGCGCGACAAGUGGCGCCUGCUCAAGCUGUGCGAGCCCGUGGACGACCUGCCCCGUUGCCGGUACUUCAGGGACGCCGCCUGGACCGUGCAGGCGUCUCCGUCAAACGGCACAAUGCAGCAGACGGUGCACUGCCUGUGCCCACGUGGCUCUGUGGCCUACAUCUUCAAGCACCGGCAGCCGCAGCUGAAAGGGUCCAACCCACUGGCGACGCCAUCCGUGCUACGCUACGCCUUUGCCUGCUCACCACUCAGCAGGUUGCGCUGCCAGCGGAAGGAGCCUUGCCGCCUGUUCACGGUGCGCAAGAGGCCCGACGUGGAGGAGGUCAACGCCAGCACGCUCUGUCAAUGUCCCAGGGGAUGGCACUGCCCCGGCAAGCACACGGAGGCCGUGCCCGGACCCCGGUACGACCGGGUCCGGACGUACUCGGCCUACUGCACCGCGCCCGACCACUGAUCGCGAUGUAGCGGGGCGCAAGACCCCGACGCCCCACACAGGUUGCAGAAGAGCUUUCGCCUGUGCGUCGAGGCAGCACGACGGUCUACCGCUGCCACCGAUGAAAGACCUCUAGGGAAGUACCGCGGAUACGCCGUGCACGGUGCUUGUCCGGCCGCCGGGCCGCGCUUCGAUGAUCGUGUUUAGAAGCGGACGCCAGUCUUCUCAACCUUUUCUCAUCACGGUUCACUACGACACGAAGCCGACGCACUUUGGGAGCAACAACGACAGCGCACUGAUCUUCGUGGCCCAAUACGUUCCGACCUUUAAGAAACGCUCAACAAAGGAGAGAAACGAACGAGAAAAGGACAAGGCACGAUCAAACGAAAGCAGCACUUUGCCUAUACGAAUUUGCCAGUGGAAAUGCACGCAAAAGUGAACGCUCUAAAGGCUUCUCUACCAAAAGGCAUACACGAGCCAGCCGAGGAAUAAAGAAAGAGCAGGGUGCAUGACGAAGCACAGUAGACAAGGCGAAUGGAAGACUACUGGCUCGCCAUGUAACGAAGCGUGAAGUGCAAGCGAAAGCGCAGACCCGGUGACGAAUCGCAAGAAAAGAAAAGAAGGAAUGCGGCGCCCAUCGUGCAGCGAUGACUAACGUCCGCAGCAUCCGUGAAUGCUGGAAAGCAGCAGCCCAGCAGUCUGUGCUCCUCACUUCGCGCACGAAGCAGAAAGGAGCGCCAGGGCCUCUCGACCCCGAGGCUUCCCGAAGCAAGUUGACGCCUCCCUCUGGUAGCAAUUCUCGUCCGAAGAAGGCAGGCGCAAAUUAGCGGGAGAGAAGAGCGAGCGGCGCAGGCUUGUCAGGGAGGGUCGACCGAGGAAGGAAGGGGCCCCCGAAGUCAUUCGUCGCGGUGGGUCGCCUGGCACAUGAACGUCCCAUCGGCGCCACACUGACUCAGAUGGCCGAAGGCCUGGGCGUGGCAUCUUCCCUCCGAGAGACAGCGCGGACGCUGCGCCUGCCAACGCGGAAGUCGACGCCGCGCUCAUGGCCGAAACAGGACACCGCAACCUUCGAGCCGGGCAACAUUGGCAGCGCCCACGAUACAGCGCACAAGAUGGUGCCAGAUCCAGCGGGAACGCGGGCUGUUCGUGCUGUUAGGAGCGUGGUAUAACGACGAACAAAAAAAUUGCUUUCACCUGUGACAAUUUGCGACUUCUCCGCCUCCGAAGAGGAACGUCCCGAGAGCGUCAUCGGCUUCCAGCGGAUGUUCCCGCAAGGGUACGCAAAAGUACCACAGAAGCUGGUUGAAAGCGCUUAUUGACAUUGUUCGGUAUCAGCACAACUACUGAUCGGCACAGCGAAUUCGAGCCCACAGGUGGCGUGUCGUCGGCUGUACAUACGGGUUGAGCAGAAGAGCAGCGGAAUGUCGGCGACAGUUUCGGACGAAGCAGGGUGUUCGCAGUGUGUACUCCAUGAGGACCUGGACUGUGGUGAGGACGCCGACGCAAUGCAAUGUCGCCGACCGAGUGACCUGCCCUGGCGCCGACACUUAACGCGCUGAGUGGUACAGCAAUGGAGGCACGCAUGAAACAGGGCCCUCGAAGCGGUCCAGAAAGGCCACCGGUGUGACUCUCACAAGCCUACUGGUGCUGCAUGCAAAAAGCGUGGACCGGGUUUGAAGGGGAAUUCUGCAAGUACGGUCCACAGCAAACAGCUCGUGAACGAACUAGAUACGUUGGAUUCACAAACAAGCAUAAAUCCAUGUGCUCGGCCAGUGUGCACGUGCGCGUCGGUGCUGAACGGGGGUUGCCACAUCGUCUCGCGCUUGCAGUGACGACAGUUCGACAGCAGGGCAAUUUCGCCGUUGUGUGAUGUGUGCGCGAACAUAUGAACGGGUGCGCGAAAAGCACAAACAGGACCGCUAGCUAUCGCGUCGGGAUCACCCGCAUGCGACGUUCCGGUGGGACUUACGCCGCCUCAGCCACAUAGGCCGGCAUCAACUUUCCUCUUCUUCUUUUUUUUUUUUCUGUAGAUAGGCUUUCCAUCUCCACGGAGGUGGAAAGAAAACGAGAGUGAGUGUUGCCCGUUUUUACUUGUACAGAUGUAAAUAAGCCAGAAGGUUGUUAUCAAUAAAUAUAAUUAAUGAAA